AUGCCUGGCAUUCCAACUGGAUCCAACCUCGAGAAGCGCGACAAUUACUACUGGCUUGCAGAUAUGGCCAGUCAAUUUCCUGGCAAUUUCCCAUUUGGUGGCGAUGCUUCAUAUAAAGUCUUCAGGAGUGUCAAAGACCCUCAAUUCGGCGCCGUGGGUGAUGGAGUCCACGACGAUACGGCUGCUAUCAAUGCUGCGAUUGCGUUUGGCAAUCGUUGUGCAGAUAACUGUGGCUCAUCAAGUGUAAAGGGCGCCCUUAUCUACUUUCCUCCAGGGACUUAUCUCGUUAGCAGUUCCAUCAUUUCGUUAUACAACACUCAGCUUGUGGGGAAUCCUAAUAACUUCGCUGUGAUAUUGGCCGCUCCCCAAUUUUCUGGUUUAGGAGUUAUCACUUCAGACGUAUACACUGGUGGAAGUAAUGAGUAUUACCUCAACACAAAUAAUUUCUUCCGCCAAAUCCGCUAUCUUUUCAUCGACAUGAGCCAUUGCACUACCAACGGCGUCAAGGGGAUCCACUGGCAAGUUGCACAAGCAACGAGCAUUGAGAACGUCGUGAUUUAUAUGUCUUCCGGAAGUUCUACUCAAAUUGGAAUCUAUGCGGAAAAUGGUAGUGGUGGAUUCAUGUCCGAUAUCAUUUUUGUGAAUGGCUAUAUUGGGAUGCAGUGCGGUAAUCAACAAUUUACUACGCGAGGGUUGAAUUUCCUCAGCACUAAAAUUGCUAUCUGGAUGCUUUGGGAUUGGGGAUGGACUUGGAAAUCUAUUCAAACCGUCGGUGUCAACUAUGGCAUCUACGUUGAAUCGGCUGGUGUGGUGGGAGGCACAAUCUACGUCCUCGACUCAAUUUUCACCAACACAUUUGCCGCAGUCGUGAUCAACGCCCCCAAAGGUCCCACGACACAAGAGCAGUUUUUGGUCACUCUCGAUAAUGUGAUGCUGCAGUCUGUCACAUACGCUGCUUUCGAUAUUACCAACGGUAUUGUGUUGAACGGAGGGACGACUACCAUUUCAUCCUGGGUCAUCGGUACCGUAUACGACACCGCAAAUCCUAACGGAGCGUGGUUUGGCGGGAAGCCUCUUGAUGCUCCACACCCAGCCACAGCCAGUCUUCGAGGUGGCCCACAAGGUGGUUAUUUCGAGCGACAAAAGCCGUCGUAUAGCUCUUCCACCCAUGACUAUUGGCUGAUUGCCCAGGCCCUUGCGAAAGCUAAAUGUAAUCUAGGUGAUGGUGUAACUGAUGAUACUGCUUCGCUGAGUUUAAUGUUCGCACUUGGGGCAGCUUAUAAUCAUGGUGUGUUUGUGCCGACUGGUUCGUAUAUAAUUGCGAGCCCGCCGCUUCUCAUCCCGAUCAACUCUGUUAUUGUAGGUGCUUGCUGGGCGCAAUUCGUCGCUUCAGGCUCCAAGUAUUCCGACAUGAACAAUCCCCAGGUCAUGAUUAAGGUCGGCAAUGUUGGAGACGUCGGUAAUAUCGAGAUCCAAGAUGUCCUCUUUACUGUGAAAGGAGCGACCCAAGGAGCUGUUUUGCUCGAAUGGAACGCAAAGGCUGCAACACAAGGCUCUGUUGCCAUGUGGGACUCCCACUUCCGCGUUGGUGGAGCACUCGGGACAAAUCUUCAAGCAGCGCAAUGCCCGACUUCAUCAAAGAGCACAGCUUGCAUUGCUGCAUCGCUCUCUUUCCACGUCACCUCUGGAGCAAGCGGGUACUUCGAGAAUGUCUGGGCUUGGACGGCGGAUCAUGACAUGGAUGCUGGCGUUGCUCAGACACAAAUCAACAUCUUCAGUGGGAGAGGCAUAUUGAUCGAGAGUCAAGGCCCAUGUUGGCUGUAUGGCACCGCUUCCGAACACUUCGUUCUUUACCAAUACAACCUUGCCAGCGCACAGAAUAUCUACAUGGGAAUGAUCCAAACGGAAAGCCCGUACUACCCACCAUUUGUGAUCGCACCAGCACCCUUCACAUCGAGUCUCAACAAGUUCGCCUACGAUCCCACAUUCUCCGACUGCGGCGGCGCCUUUCCCUGUUCCGCAUCCUGGGCACUCACCAUCUCCAACUCAAACAACAUCCAAGUUACUGGCGCUGGUCUGUACGUCUUCUACCAAAACUACAAUCAGGGUUGCAUCGCGACUCAGAACUGCCAGCAACGCCUCGUUGCCACGAAUUCGAAUGGUGCUGUUUACCUGUUCAAUGUUUACACGAUUGGAUCGACUGGAAUGGUUCAUCCUUUCGUGAAAACAGUGAACGGGAAGCCGAGUAGUACGUUAGGAUUGGCGUUGGCGGCACCGAAUACCGUCAACACCGCGACUCCGUUUGUGGCUGCUAUUAAUGCUUGGGUGGAGAUCUUUCCGGGGUGGUAA